UUUUGAACUCGGGGCUGCAAUUUGUGCGUUUGUGGCUCCUCGAUGUUUUCGUGACUAAACAUGAUUCACAGAUUGCAUGGCUAAGAGGUGAGGGUUUCACUUAAACAUCAGAUCUACUGUCAGGAACGCGUCGCAGUUUUCAAGGAGGGGACAAUCUUUUCUUUACCGCAUCGCUGAAGGUGAUAAUUAAAGGCCAAUUCUAUCUCAUUUAAUGCAACCUCACCUUCAUUGAAAGGGAGUCGUGGCUUCUUAUCUCGCCGUCAUGGCCUUUGUUGAUAUUGCGAUCGCAUUUUUUUUGGCCAAAUAUUUGCGUAUGUUGCACAGACAAGCCAUGACGUUUGCAUUGAGCGAGAUGAUCGAGCGCUUGAUCAUCUUCUCAAUGUUGAGUGGAAUUUGGACCGCUUUAUUCGCUCUACUCGACAUGAUCACAUAUCUUGGCUUUCCAAAUACCGCGGUGCACGUCUUGUUCGACUUACCUCUUUGCUCGUUAUACUGCAAUACCCUCCUUGCGAGCCUCAAUUCACGAGAUAGUGGGUGUGCAGGAUCGAUCAGAGAAUUGUCAACAUUCAAAGCUGCAUCGCGACCGGUCAUUAUAUCAAUGGAGAGGGGACGCGAUAGCAAUUUUAGUGAUGACAGAGAAAGCUUGUGUGAGAAUGAUUCGGAUUUGGUGUAAUUAUUACGAACGGACAAGACUUCAGGAAAUAGUGUAAUUGUUACGAAUGGACAGAACUUCAGAAGAUAUC